UUUCAACCAAAGACAAAUCGUCUUUUUACUUCCACGCCCGGCGGCACCCCAUGCCCCUGUUGAAAAACUUUUAAAUUAUACUUUUUAAUGUUAUUUACGAAAAAAUGGAUACUAGAAAGCUGACCGAAAUAUUGCGCGCCACCAUCGAUCCAAACCAGAGGCAGCAAGCUGAAGAACAACUUUCUCAGAUCCACAAGAUCAUUGGGUUUGCUCCGUCCCUGCUCCAAGUGGUUAUGUUAAAUGAUGUCCAGCUACCAGUUCGGUUAGCUGGUGUGGUAUACCUUAAAAAUCUGGUAACAUCAGGAUGGCAAGACAAAGAAGCAGAUGACGAUGAUCCCACACCUUUCUCCAUUCAUGAGCAAGACCGUGCCAUGAUCCGGGAUAGUAUUGUAGAUGCAGUAGUUCAAGCUCCAGACAUAAUCCGAGUACAGUUAUGUGUGUGUUUGAAAACAAUAAUCAAACAUGAUUUCCCAACACGGUGGACACAAAUAGUAGACAAAAUCCAUAUUUAUCUCCAAAACCCGGAGCCUAACAGUUGGAUGGGAUCUUUACUGUGUUUGUACCAGCUUAUAAAAAAUUAUGAGUAUUACCUAGCUGAGAAGAGGGUGCCACUGAUGGAGGCUAUGAACUUGUUAUUGCCAAUGAUGUACAACCUGAUUGUGAAUCUCCAAGCUGAUCAAUCACCAGAAUCUGUCCUAAUUCAAAAGCAAAUUCUCAAAUGCUUUUAUGCUCUUAUAAAGUACAUAUUACCCUUGGAUCUAAUAACAAAAGAAAUAUUCACCAAAUGGAUGGAGGUGCUAAGAACUGUGAUGGAGCAGCCGGUACCUGACAGUACUCUACAAGUGGAUGAAGACGUUCGCAUGGAGCUACCUUGGUGGAAAUGUAAGAAGUGGGCUGUACACACACUUUAUAGGUUAUUUGAAAGAUACGGAAGUCCGAUGAACGCUCGCGAAGAAUACGGCCAGUUUGCUGACUGGUAUUUGACCACAUUCACGGGCGGCAUACUCGAUGCGCUUUUCAGGAUACUCGACCAAUAUAGGAAUAAAAUCUACGUGUCACCCAGGGUUCUUCAACAAACCAUUAGCUACAUUGAUCAGUGUGUUGGCCACAGUCAUUCCUGGAAACUUCUGAAACCGCACAUGUUCGCUAUCAUCCAGGACGUUCUGUUCCCUCUCAUGUCAUAUUCAGAUGCUGAUGAGGACCUAUGGAACACGGAUCCGCACGAGUAUAUUCGAAUCAAGUUUGAUAUAUUCGAAGAUUUUGUAUCACCUGUAACCGCUGCACAGACAUUGCUAAUAACAUGUUGUAAAAAGAGAAAGGACAUGUUAGAACGCACUAUGCAUUUGUGUAUGCAAGUCUUAAGAAUACAAGCGGAGUACGGGCCUAAGCAGCGUGAUGGGGCUCUCCACAUGGUUGGAACGCUUAAUGAUAUUUUAAUAAAAAAGAAACACUACAAAGAAGAAAUAGACUCCCUUCUCAGCCAGUACGUUUUCCCCGAGUUCAAUAGUAAUCUUGGAUACAUGCGAGCGAGAGCAUGUUGGAUUCUGCAAUGCUUCGCUUGCAUCAGAUUUAAAACCGAACCACUACUUAUCGAAGCAGUACGGUUAAUUAUUAACGCUCUGUUAAAUGACACCGAAUUGCCUGUCAAAGUGGAAGCGGCGAUAGCAUUGCAGAUGCUUUUGACAUCUCAGGACAAAGUGCAUCUAUACCUUGAAAUGCAGGUGACUCAAGUCACCACCGAGCUGCUGAAGGUUAUACGGGAAACUGAGAAUGACAACAUAGCUAACGUGUUACAGAAGAUAGUCCCUCUCUAUACUAAACAGCUGAUGCCGAUGGCUUUUGAGAUUACCGACCAUUUGGCCACUACCUUUAGUAAAGUAAUAGAGACAGACUCGGGGACUGAUGAGAAGGCGAUUACUGCUAUGGGUCUCCUUAACACCAUGGAGACCGUACUCAAUGUUAUGAGUGACAAUCCUGCCAUUAUGGCGCAGCUUGAGAAGACAGUGUUAAGGGUCGUCGGCCAUAUAUUACAUCAUAAUAUUAUUGAAUACUAUGAAGAAGCAAUGACCCUGCUCUGUGAUCUCACUACAAAAAGUAUAUCAGAAGACAUGUGGAAGGUCCUGGAACUGCUGUAUCAGGUUUUCGAAAAGGAGGGCUUUGACUACUUCACUGAUAUGAUGCCAGUUCUUCAUAAUUAUAUAACGGUUGACACAAACGCUUUUUUGUCCAACGAGAACCAUAUAAUCGCCAUGUUUAAUAUGGCCAAAGCGGUAUUGAAUUCUGACGCUGAAGAUGAAUCGGAGAUUAUUGCAGCAAAGUUGUUGGAAGUAAUGGUUUUACAGUGCGCUGGAAAGAUCGACAAUUGCCUGCCCUCGUUUGUAGAACUUGUACUAAACAGACUUACUAGGAAGGUUAAAACCUCGGAACUCAGAACUAUGCUACUGCAGGUUCUUAUUGCAAUUCUCUAUUGCAACCCACACCUGUUAUUCUCAAUAUUGAACAAAUUGCAAGAAUCCGUUCCAAAUGCAUCCAUCGCACAGCAUUUCAUGAACCAAUGGAUUCAUGACACAGAUUGUUUCAUGGGAUUGCAUGAUAGAAAAAUAUGCGUUUUGGGAAUCUGUACACUAUUGGAAAUGGGCCCGCAGCGGCCGAAUCUAGAAGAGAUCGUGCCUAAGAUUUUACCUUCCUGCCUGGUGCUAUUUGAUGGACUAAAGCGUGCUUACGAGGCCCGUGCUGAAGCUGACGAUGACACAUCUUCCGAGGAGGACGAGGGAGAUGACGACGAAGAAGUGCUCUCGAGCGAUGAGGACGACCUCGACGAGAUGAACAGUGAAUAUUUAGAGCAUUUGGCACGUAUGACUAUGAAGAAUUCGGUCUCACAUGGUGUCAACCUCAAUGCCAAUAUUGAAGACUAUGACGAAAGUGAUGAUGAUGACGAUGGUUAUGAACCUGACGAAACUGCUCUAGAGUGUUAUACAACUCCAUUAGACGAAAAGGAUUGCAACAUAGACGAGUAUGUCAAAUUCAAGAAUACGUUAUCAGCCCUAUCGACGAAUGAGCCAGCUCUGUACCACGCGCUUACGAGUGUGCUGAAUGAAGAGCAACAAAAGCAACUGAAGGCCGUGUUUGUGCUCGCGGAUCAGCGUAAAGCGCAGCAGGACAGCAAACGCAUCGAGCAAAGCGGUGGGUACUCAUUCACCGUUCCUGCACAAGUGCCGACCAAAUUCAAGUUUGGGUCGUAAUCAAACAAUGACUGUGUUUAUAUUAAUGUUAUUAUUAAUCAUAGCCUAUCACAUUUCCACACCGUUGUGGCUUAUUUUAGAAACAUAAAUAUAAAAUUUAUGUCAUUUUGAUUCUUACUUUCAUAUAGUGAAAGUUAAUUUUUGCUUAUUUUAAUUAAAAUCAUAUUCAUGUAAAAAUGUAAUAAUCAAUAUAUUGCAAUAGCAGUUGGCAACAGUUAUUAAAAAUUAUGUUGAUAAUUUUCUAAUAUAUUGUUAUUUUUGGGUUGAGGCAGUUCACUACCUCUCUAUAGUGAUUGAUGAUUACUGAUUGUAUCGUUGACAUCAUUAUUUUUGAAUUUAUUUUUUAUAACUAAUGUUCCUAAAUGUCAUUCAUUGUUUAAUUAUGACUCAAUUAAGAACAUCAACCAAUUUAAUUAAGAAAUAAACAACUAUAUUGUGUUGAAAUUUAUUUUCAUGUAAAUCGAUUAUACUGUGUAAAUUCUAUGAAACCUGCAAAACAGAUAAUAAAUGAAUAAAUUUUCAACAA